AUUCAGCAGCAGUGGCUGAAGCGAUUGGACUGCGAGGGUCUCUCCGACGCUUUUUUGUGGAAUUUGAAUUAUUUUGGCACGGCACGGCUCGUGAUUCCUACGUGACGGCUUUAACGGGGAAUCUUCUGGGUCGUGGAGGUGGUCACAGGGAGCUCAGCGAUGAACAAGCUACGGCAGAGCUUCCGCCGGAAGAAAGACAUCUACGUGCCGGAGUCAAGUCGGCCGCACCAGUGGCAGACAGACGAGGAGGCGGUUCGCAACGGCAAGUGCAGCUUUGCAGUCAAGUACCUUGGGCAUGUGGAGGUGGAGGAGUCCAGAGGCAUGCACAUCUGUGAAGAUGCAGUGAAGCGGCUGAAGACGGACAGGAAAUUCUUCAAAGGAUUCUUUGCUAAAGCUGGAAAAAAGCCAGUGCGAGCAGUGUUGUGGGUGUCGGCAGAUGGUCUUCGUGUAGUCGAUGACAAAACAAAGGACCUGAUUCUGGACCAGACGAUAGAGAAGGUGUCAUUUUGCGCUCCAGACAGGAACUUCGAGAGGGCGUUCUCUUACAUCUGCAGAGAUGGGACUACACGACGUUGGAUCUGCCAUUGUUUUAUGGCAAUUAAAGACUCCGGCGAGCGUCUCAGUCAUGCUGUGGGUUGUGCAUUCGCUGCUUGUCUGGAGCGAAAACAGAAACGAGAGAAGGAGUGUGGGGUCACAGCAACCUUUGAUGCUAACAGAACCACUUUCACUCGUGAGGGCUCGUUUCGGGUUACUACGGCAACAGAGGCAGCAGAGCGGGAGGAAAUCAUGAGGCAGCUACAGGAUGUUAAAAAGGUGGACACAGACGUGAAGGUUGCUGGGAACUCGGCCAACAGCAUCACAAACUCGGCUCACGAGACAGGAGGCUCCCCAUCCCCCUCGUCCUCCCCGCCUCUCUCCAUCCCCAUGCUGGGACCUCAGGCAAUACCCCGUCGACACGCGCCGGCCGAGGCUCUCGCCAGGCAGGGCUCCUUCAGAGGCUUCCCAGCGCUCAGUCAGAAGACGUCUCCUUUCAAACGACAGCUGUCGCUGCGUAUGAACGAGCUGCCGUCCACCAUGCAGCGCAAAUCUGACUUUCCCAUGAAAAACACAGUCCCUGAGGUAGAAGGAGAAGGUGAAAGCAUCAGUUCGCUGUGUACUCAGAUCACCACAGCUUUCAGUGGUCCCCCCGAGGACCCUUUCUCCUCAGCUCCGAUGCCCAAACCAGCUUCGUCUCCACAGUCUCCUGUGGCCCCAGUGAAUGGCACAAUGCCUGCCUUCUCUGUUGCUGCUGCUCCUGCUAACCCCCCAGUCAUGCCCUCUGCUCUCCCUGCUCGAGAAACUAAUCCCUGGGCUCAAAACCCAGUAGGGGCUCCAGCAUCUGCGCAGCCAGGAAGUGACUGGUCGUCAACAACACCUGUGAUAGUCCUCCCUCCCACUGCUUCUCCAACUAUGUCUUCUCACAAACGCACGCCAUCAGAAGCAGACCGAUGGUUAGAUGAAGUCACCAAAUCUGUCCGAGCCCCGCAGCCCAACCCGAUCAUCACAGGAACCACCCCUCCCCCCCAGCCGUUCACCUGCCCAGUGCCGAUGCCCGUGGCUCCCGUUCCCCCCGUUCCACAGGUGGCCUUCAUGCCUUCUCUACCCCCAGCUGUGCCCAUGUUGCCCCCCCGCCAGCCUGCUUUCCACGGCCAGGCUCCUGCCUCCUACCCGGUGUCCAAUGGCCUUCCGUUUCCUCAGCCUAGCGUGCCCGUGUUCGGCAUCACUCCCUCGCAGAUGGUGGCUAAUGUGUUCGGCUCCGCUGCACAGCCCCAGCAGUUCCCCAUCCCUGCCUCCACGAUACCCCAGCAUGAUGCUCAGGUCAUCAGUAACAUCAGCCCCUUCAUCAAACCUCCUCAGCCUGCCACGGUAAUCCCUGCCCCCCUCCAGCCCUCCAACGGCAGUGUUACUUUUAAUGGCGCCGACAAUUGGGCUGCUUCAUCUCAAAUUGCUCCAUCCUCCCCAUCUACCCAGCCCCUGCCGCCUCCUCCGCAGGAAGAUGCUUUUGAAGCCCAGUGGGCAGCACUGGAGAGCCGCUCGCAUCAACGCACCACACCCUCCCCCACAAACCCCUUCUCCACCGAGCUGCAGAAAACCUUUGAGAUCCAGCUCUGAAGACUGUAACCAGCAAGUUCUGGACAAAAAAGACUGGAGCAAACAGUUGGGAGAGCCCUCCUGCCUUCUCCCCGUGUUUUAAUGGACACAUUCAGCAAGGGGAGAGAAGUGCUGGGAGAUGUUGACUCAGCAGGGAGCAGAACUCUGCACAGCGAUCAAAGAAUAAAAAAACAAGACAAAACCCAAAACAGGUUGCUGUUAAGGGUGCAACUCCCCAGACAUCUCAUUAGCAUUGUCUGUAUUGUUUGUUUGUGCUUCUAAGCGCAAGGUUGUCAUUACCCUGUGGAGUAUCUGUGCCGAGCCACGCCCAGCCAGCCCCCCUUUGCUCGACCUUCCCUGCCCAGCUCCCUGCGAACCCUGUAGGCAAGACGAAGCCUCCCUCACCUGGCAGAGGAAUCGCAGCACUGAGAGAACUCCACUUCCUUACGAGAAGUUCUCAUUGAUAACUUCCCAAUCAUAAAAAUAGAGGGAGACAAUGCCAAAAUCUUUAUUUUUAUGCAUUAAGUAUAUUUUAAAUAGCUUUGGAAUCUAACAGAAGAGUUGUAAGUAAUCUUGCCAAAGGCAGAGGCUAGCUACAAUGAAACGUUUAUGUUCAUGGAUACAAGAUAUGAUCGUAUAUAUUAUACAUAGAUAUAUAUCUAUAAAGAAUCUAUACUGUACACACAGCUCAUAGCAGUGCUAAUUUUAAUGUGAUGUAAAGAGAUUUUUGUGAAGGGACAGCUGCUUAACUUUUUUCCCCCCAUUUAAAAAAAAAAUCAAAAACCCUCUUUAUUGCCAUCUGUUGCAUCCUGUGAUUGGAUGUGAAGCAUCUCACAAUAAAUAAGGUAUCUUUGCAGCAACAAUCAAUGUGGACCUAGCAUUGGUGGCGGUGCCUAAAUGGUUGCCUCUCUCUUACCUGUACUUAAAUUUGAAUAGUUUAGUACAAAUCAGUACUUAACAUUUUACUUGUUUCUUUUUUUUGUGUGUGUGGUAACAAUCUAUUUUUUGUAAUUAUUAUCAUUAUUUAACACAGUAGGAUGCAACAAUCCUGUUUCACUGCUACUUGGGUUACUUUUUUUAGUAGUUCAUUUUUAAUUUUUUUUUUUAAACUUUGCACAAGCACUAAAAUAGGUUGUUUGACCUCACAGGUGAUCUUGAUCAACAUGGGUUAGUCAGUUGUGGUGCUUCAGUAGCUGAGAAGCUGCAUGCUGAUCUGGCCUGACCUCCGUUAGACUGCUGUGGUCUGAACUGCCAGCAGAAAACCGCAGGGAGAUAAAAAAAAAACCGAUUUCUUCUCUCACUUUAUUUCUCUCUGUCAUGUUUGUUUUUGUGUGUGUGUGUGUUUUUUUUUUGUUUUUUUUUAACCGAACCUGUGAAGAUUUGUUCUCUGAUCUUUUUUUCCAUUUUGUAAUUGUUUCAUUUCUUUAUUCCAGAUCAUUGGAGAAAUACUGAAGCUCAAAGAUUGAAUAAAUUUAUGGUGGUAGAGGA